UGAAUUUGAAGCUAAAGCGUCUGAAGUCGGCGUCGUUUUUCAUAAAUUCUCAAUUUUUCAAUGUGGUGCUGCCGAAUUAAAACGUGUUUGUUUAAGGUUUGAGAAUAAAACAUUUAAAUAAAUUUAUAGCAUUAACGUGUUCUAUAAUUGUUAAAAUUGCUACGACAAGCACAACAAUGUCUUCUGACUUCUACAUACGAUAUUAUGUAGGCCACAAGGGAAAAUUUGGACAUGAAUUUCUUGAGUUUGAAUUUCGGCCGGAUGGUAAAUUGAGAUAUGCCAAUAAUUCAAAUUACAAGAACGAUACUAUGAUACGGAAGGAAGCGUAUGUGCAUCCAUGCGUGAUGGAUGAAUUAAAAAGAAUUAUAGUUGAUUCUGAGAUAAUGCACGAAGAUGAUCGCUUAUGGCCUCAACCUGAUCGUGUUGGCAGACAAGAGCUUGAAAUAGUUAUAGGUGAAGAACACAUCUCUUUCACAACAUCCAAGACUGGCUCCUUAGUUGAUGUCAAUCAGUCUCGUGAUCCUGAAGGUCUACGCUGUUUCUACUACUUGGUGCAAGAUCUUAAAUGUCUUGUAUUUUCACUUAUUGGUUUGCAUUUUAAGAUUAAGCCAAUAUAGAUUAAGCUUACAGUUAUGGUAAAAAUAAAGAAAUUGUAAUAUUA